AUAAUGCGACAAGCCCCGUCUCUGAGAGUUUUCUGCCGCUUUCUUUCCCCUCGCAUCUCUCUCCCUUUUAUCUUUUGCAGUGGCCUCUGGCAUAUCAUCUCUCUUCCCUAUCAGCCCUAAUCUUCUGUUGUAUCACUGCUUUUAUAAUCCCUAAUUCUUGAUUACCUUUUACGAGUUCAUUCAAAAAGUGAAAACAUUAACCAUCUUCCCUCUUAUCUCCACUCUCCCGUGGUGACGAUCGAAGCCUGUUAUUUUCGUAGCUUCUAUGAGCUUAAUCAUUCAGAACGGUAAAAUGGAAGCUAAUGGGAGAGCUGACCUCAAGGCACCUUUGCUGCAGCCUCCAGAUGGUGUUGCAAUUGCUGUUCCUAAAGAAAAGGAUCACAGAGAUAAGAAGCUUAAAACAAUUAAGUUAAAAAUAGGGGACAUCAAGUGCAGCUCUUGUGCAACAUCCAUAGAAUCUGUGUUGGGAGAGCUUAAUGGAGUUGAGAGGACUAUUGUAUCGCCCCUUGAUGGCCAUGCUGCUAUCUCUUACAUACCAGACCUUGUUACUGCUCAAAAAAUUAGGGAAACCAUCGAAGGUGCUGGAUUUUCUGUUGAUGAGUUCCCAGAACAAGAAAUGUCAGUAUGCCGGCUUAGGAUUAAGGGAAUGGCAUGCACUAGUUGCUCUGAGUCUGUUGAACGUGCACUUCUUAUGGUUAAUGGAAUAAAAAAAGCAGUGGUUGGUCUAGCUCUUGAAGAAGCAAAGAUUCACUUUGAUCAGAACCUUACUGAUACAGAUCACAUCAUAGAAGCAGUAGAAGAUGCUGGUUUUGGAGCUGAACUCAUCAGUUCUGGUAAUGAUAUGAACAAAGUGCAUCUAAAAAUUGAAGGAGUUAAUUCCAUAGAAGAUGCGACCACUAUUCAAGCCUUCCUUGAGUCAUCACAAGGUGUGAAUCAUGUCGAAAUGGACCUUGCAGAACAUAAGGUAACUAUUAACUAUGACCCAGACCUUACAGGUCCAAGAUCUCUUAUACAGCGUGUUGAAGAAGCUUCCCUAGGUCCCAUCAUUUACCAUGCAAGCUUGUAUGUGCCUCCUAGGCGAAGAGAAACAGAGAAGCUGCAAGAAAUUCGGACUUACAGAAACCAAUUUUUCAUGAGUUGCCUUUUCUCAGUUCCAGUGUUUCUAUUUUCCAUGGUACUUCCAAUGCUUCAUCCAUAUGGUAACUGGUUAGAGUACAGGAUUCAAAACAUGCUUAGCAUUGGAAUGCUUCUUAGGUGGAUUCUGUGCACACCUGUACAGUUCAUUGUUGGCCGAAGGUUCUAUGUGGGAUCUUACCAUGCAUUGCGACGGAAAUCCGCCAAUAUGGAUGUUUUGGUUGCGCUAGGCACCAAUGCUGCUUACUUUUACUCUGUAUAUAUAGUGAUAAAAGCAAUGACUUCUAAGAAAUUUGAAGGGCAAGAUUUCUUUGAGACAAGUGCCAUGUUGAUUUCUUUUAUUCUCUUGGGGAAGUAUUUGGAGGUUCUUGCUAAAGGAAAGACUUCAGAUGCUUUAGCGAAGUUGACGGAACUUUCUCCUGAAACAGCAUACCUGAUAACACGAGAUAGUGAUGGAAAUGUUGUUUCAGAGAUGGAAAUCAGUACUGAACUGAUACAAAGGAAUGAUGUAAUAAAGAUUGUUCCAGGGGCAAAAGUUCCUGUUGAUGGGAUUGUCAUAGAUGGUCAAAGCCAUGUGAAUGAAAGUAUGAUUACGGGUGAGGCAAGACCUAUUGCUAAAAGACCCGGUGACAAGGUAAUUGGUGGGACCAUGAAUGAGAAUGGGUGCUUACUGGUUAAGGCUACUCAUGUUGGGUCAGAAACUGCACUUUCGCAAAUUGUUCAACUUGUAGAAGCUGCUCAGCUUGCCAGGGCCCCCGUUCAGAAACUAGCGGACCAAAUCUCCAAGUUUUUUGUUCCCACAGUUGUUAUUGCAGCCUUUAUAACAUGGCUGGGAUGGUUUAUUCCUGGAGAAGCUGGUCUUUACCCUAGCCAUUGGAUACCAAAAGCCAUGGACGGAUUUGAGCUUGCUCUGCAGUUUGGUAUAUCCGUACUGGUGGUAGCCUGUCCAUGUGCUCUGGGGCUAGCAACACCAACGGCGGUCAUGGUAGCCACAGGCAAGGGUGCUUCUCAAGGUGUGCUCAUCAAAGGUGGAGAUGCACUUGAAAAGGCAUACAAGGUGAAGACAGUUAUCUUUGACAAGACAGGUACAUUAACAGUUGGAAAACCAGUAGUAGUUAGUGCUGUGCUCUUCUCUAGUUUCUCAAUGGAGGAAUUUUGUGAUAUGGCUACAGCUGCUGAGGUGAAUAGUGAACACCCAAUAGCAAAAGCUGUGGUGGAGCAUGCUAAGAGGCUACGCCAGAAGGUUGGGUCUAGUGCAGUACAUGUUGCCGAGGCUAAAGACUUUGAGGUGCACACUGGAGCUGGGGUGAGCGGAAAAGUGGGUGAAAAAAUGGUUUUGGUUGGGAAUAAGAGGCUCAUGCGGGCUUGUAAUGUCACAAUUGGCACUGAGGUUGAGAACUACAUUUCAGAAAAUGAACAGCUGGCUAGAACAUGUGUGCUAGUUUCUAUUGAUGGAAAAAUUGCAGGAGCGUUUGCGGUUACUGAUCCAGUAAAGCCAGAAGCUGGGCGGGUUAUUUCCUAUCUUCAUUCCAUGGGCAUUUCAGCCAUCAUGGUGACUGGUGAUAAUUGGGCUACAGCAGCUGCUAUUGCAAAGGAGGUUGGAAUUGGAAAGGUGUUUGCCGAGACGGAUCCAAUGGGAAAGGCAGAUAGGAUCAAAGACUUGCAGGGAAAAGGGAUAACUGUGGCAAUGGUGGGAGAUGGAAUAAAUGACUCACCAGCUUUGGUUGCAGCUGAUGUUGGCAUGGCAAUUGGUGCUGGCACCGAUGUAGCCAUUGAGGCAGCUGAUAUUGUUCUCAUCAAAAGUAACUUAGAAGAUGUGGUUACAGCCAUAGAUCUAUCAAGAAAGACCAUUUUGCGCAUUCGGCUAAACUAUGUGUGGGCCCUUGGUUAUAACAUACUUGGCAUGCCUAUUGCUGCUGGAAUCCUGUACCCAUUCAUUGGAAUUCGGUUGCCACCUUGGCUUGCUGGUGCUUGCAUGGCUGCUUCAUCAAUUAGUGUUGUUUGUUCUUCGUUAUUAUUGCAGUCUUAUAAGAAACCUUUGCACUCUGCAAAUUCUUGAGGGCAAAUUCACGAUGAUACCAUCUGAAAAUUUGAACGACUUGUAGAUAAAGUUGACUUUUAAGCUCUGGUUGGGAUUAUUCAUGAACAGGUGUAUCAGUGCAUACAGUAGCCUUUUUAUUAAUGUAAGAUCCUCUUGAUUAAUCCACGACAUUGGUCUGAGGAUGGGAAAUUACUCUCUGCAACUCUUUUAGGUAUAUGAUAAUUUAUUCUGAUCAAUCAUGAUUAAUCUUACAUUAAUCUCAUUACGAUCAGUUAUCAAAUACUAUGUGUAUUUUAAUUGUGCAUACAACGAUGGCACUUCAUAAUUAUUCCUUAUUUGCGUUUGAAUGCGAUUUUCUGAUUUUUGAAAUCUGAAAAGGUUGGAUGGAAGUUGUUUAUUGAUGUUUUAAAUUUAAAAAUGUUCUAAAUAUAUAUUUUA